CUCUGGUUCUCCAUCAUGCCUGAACCAGCAAAGUCUGCUCCCGCCCCGAAGAAGGGCUCCAAGAAGGCCGUGACCAAGGCCCAGAAGAAGGACGGCAAGAAGCGCAAGCGCAGCCGCAAGGAGAGCUACUCGGUGUACGUGUACAAGGUGCUGAAGCAGGUCCACCCCGACACCGGCAUCUCUUCCAAGGCCAUGGGCAUCAUGAACUCGUUCGUGAACGACAUCUUCGAGCGCAUCGCGGGCGAGGCGUCGCGCCUGGCGCAUUACAACAAGCGCUCGACCAUCACGUCCCGGGAGAUCCAGACGGCCGUGCGCCUGCUGCUGCCCGGGGAGCUGGCCAAGCACGCGGUAUCCGAGGGCACCAAGGCCGUCACCAAGUACACCAGCGCCAACUUUUAUACCCCAACAGAAUCUUCCAGGCAGUACAAGAGUCGAAAGAGUUGCAUUCCAUUUCUCAAGUGAAUGAUUACAG